AUGAAUCCAAAUGCUAUAGAAUUAUUUAAUAAGUUAAAGAGAGAGGAUGAAAGUAAUAACAAAUGUUUUGAUUGUAGAAUUUCUAAUCCUGAUUGGGUAUCAGUAAAUCAUGGAAUAUUUUUGUGUAUUAACUGUUCAGGUGUCCACAGAAGUAUGGGUGUACACAUAAGUAUAGUAAGAAGCAUAAAAAUGGAUAUAUUUAGUGAUGAACAAUUAAAAUAUAUGGAUAAAGGUGGUAAUAAAAAAUUCCAAACUUAUUUAGAAAAUUAUGGAAUUAGUGAUUUUAUUCCAGAAAAAAAAUAUCGAACGAAAGCAGCCGAGCAUUACAGAAAAAUUCUUAGAUCAAUUGUUCAUAAUUCUGAACCUCCAUCACCUUUAUCAUUAGAUGAAGGAAAGGAUAUUAUUAAUUAUGGAAUAAAUGAAAAUAUAAAUUACAAUGAAAAUAAUAAAAACUAUAAUAUUAAUGAACAAAAUAACUACAUUCCAUCUAUAAAUACAUCGGAUAUCAUAGAAAAUGUCAGUUCUACUUUUUCUACUUUAUUUAAUAAAGCAUCAAAUAUAACAACAAAUACAAUAAAUAAUAUAAACACAAAUGAAAUUAUUGAAACAACAAAAGGUACACUGAUUAGUAGUGGUAAUUGGUUUACUGAAAAAACAAAAAGAAUUGCAGAAAAUGUUAGUGAUAGUCCAUGGUGGACUAAAAGUCAAAAUAAAAUAAAAGAUGUUACACAAAAUGCAAGUGGUUGGAUCUCCAGUAUUUCUUCAACUGUUUCAAGGUCAAAUAGCAAUUUGUUUUUUUCUAAUAACAAUUCUAAUUUGAAAAAUAAUAAUAUGAAUACUAAUGAAGAAAUUAAUAAUACUAAUAAUGGAAACGCAAAUUUUAAUAAUUUUAGUGCAAAUAAUGAGUAUAUUAAUUAUAACUCAAAUAAUAAAAAUAAUUUUAAUAGAAGUAAUACAAGUAAUAGUUUUAAGAAAGGUCAAAGUAGAAAUGAAUUUUUUAAUGAUGCUGAAGAAACUAACUGGAUGUCUGAUAGUUGUAAAAAAUAA